UUGCAAGUAAAGUCUCGCUCGAUACCUCGAACACUGCGUCAUAUAAAAACAUCACAAUGAUAAAUGCGAGCAUAUUAAUAUGCUCCCAACGUGACGCAGCUUUGGUUCUCUCUGUUCCCAAUACAGCCGAUAGCUCCACUUCCACGACUACGAGUCCUCUUCCGACAUGCUGCAGCAAAGGGAGAAGACGAGUUGUCUGCGGAGUUGAAACGGCGUGACAGUGGUCUGACGGAUUUGAAAGCGAAUGCAGGUUACCAGUUCUUGGAAGGAUGAUUACAAAUAUUUUUUACAGUGUUUCCGCAAUGAAAAGAUGCGCAGCACUCAUAGACCUGAACGGAACACUGCAUGUCGAGGAUGAAGCUAUCCCACGUGCUGCUGAAGCGCUUGAGCGAUUGCGCAAGAUUUGGCCUGUCAAAUUCGUCACGAACACCACGAAGGAGUCUAUCAAUGUUUUGCACAAAAGAGUAACUGGAUGCGGUAUUCGAAUUGAGAAAAAUGAGAUCUUUACGUCCCUUCUGGCUGCCAGGAGCUUUGUUGAACAGAACAAAUUGCGACCCAUGCUCAUUUUGGCCAAAGAAGCCAUGGAAGAUUUUCAGGAUAUUGAUACAUCCAAUCCUAAUGCCGUUGUUAUCGGUUUAGCUCCAUCAGAGUUCCACUUUGAAAAGCUGAAUGAUGCAUUCAAGCUAGUACUGGAUGGGGCACAGCUGGUCGCAAUCAACAAAGCACGCUACUACAGACGCGGUAAUGGUCUAGCUCUUGGCGCCGGACCGUUCGUCGCAGCAAUAGAAUUUGCUACUGGAAAGCAGGCUACCGUUGUUGGUAAGCCAGAGGCGGCUUUCUUCCAUAUGGGUGCUACUUCGCUAGGUCAUGAUAUUGACAUUAAUAACACUGUAAUGAUUGGGGACGACGCGAAGGAUGAUGUCCUUGGAGCUAUAAAAGCUGGAAUGAAAGGAAUUCUGGUACGAACAGGAAAAUAUAGAAAAGGUGAUGAGUUGGUGAUUCCUGAAGAGCGAAGGAACUGUGUUGAGUCGUUUGCGGAGGCUGUUGAGAUGAUUGAGUCCGGAAAAUUCUUAUGAACGUCGCGGAAUAACUUUGAAAUACCGUAGUUUCUAGUAGUAAUUUGCAGAUUGCGGUGGAGGCGGAGCACUGCAGACAUUCGGUAACAUAGAUAAACUUGUUAAGUUCUCCGAAACAUUGUUUCUCGAACUUUUUCGCUCUGAAACGGUCACUUAUGUUGCCAUGUUUCUCGAACUUUUUCGCUCUGAAACGGUCACUUAUGUUGCCACGUUUCCACCUCUGACGGAAUGUAGGAGUCGAAACUCUUUGUUAGCAUCUUUUGUCUAGAUUUUUUUGACAAAAAUCAGCGUCUCCUUGUUUUAUUUUUGAUGCCCAAUUGCGCACAGAGGGUGUAAUGUGAUGAAUUACUUAUGUUGAUGACCAUUCAGCUUUUUGAUGGUGCGUUUUUCUUCUUUAAGGAAUACACGCUUGCGAAUGUGGCUUGUUUUAUCUCAUGUGUUUUCACUAAUUCUUGCAUUAUCUGAAAAUCAUAGUAGCAUUCUUUUACAAAUAAUGCUAUUUGAUAUUGGUCUGGAAAGUGAUGUAUAAAGAAUGAAGUCUGAACUUUGGU